AGAUGCCGUGAGAGCUUCCAGUCUUGCAUUCGAAUUCCAAACAUAUUUAAAGACUUGAGCUGGAGACGCGUAAGAUCCUUUCAACAGCAUUGAAUCUCCGAGCAUAUCAUCAUCAUCAUGCGCCUAUUAGCGUCAUUUAUCGGCGUCGCCGUUUUCGUUGUGGUGUCGUGUUCGGAACGGUUUGAUCCUUACCACGUGCUCGGAGUGAAUCGUCGUGCUGAUAUGUCGGAAGUUCGCCGGAGCUACAAGCAAUUGGCGAAGAAAUGGCAUCCAGAUAAAAGCAGCGAUCCUGAAGCGCAAGCGAAAUUCAUCGAGUUAAACAAGGCUUACGACAUUCUGUCGGAUCCGGAGAGGCGAAAGAAAUUCGAUGACUUCGGGAUCUACGAGGAUCAGCCAAAUUUCAGUAAACAACCGGACUAUUCACAAUUCGGAAGAUUUGACUUCUUUGAUGAUAUCAUGUCUCAAUUCCACAACGGACCGAAGUUCAACUUCCACUUCGGUAAACCUGAGAUGGACUUCUACAAAAAAAUGACUGUUUCGGGGAAGCAGUACUUCAACAGCAUCCUUCCGAACAGCCGAACAAAACCGACGCUGAUCAUUUUCUUUUCUGAUUGGUGCCGCGUUUGCCAACAAAUCGAGCCAAUAUGGCGCAAAGUUGAAGAAGACAUGACAUUCUCCGGCAUUGAAGUGGCAGCAAUGCAUGUUGGAUUCGAAACUGAGCUGGUGAAGCAACUGGGUGUCAAUGAAGCGUCGAUCCUAUUCGUUGUGGAUGGCAGGACGUGGAAAUACCGGGAAAAUCUCAUCAGCUCCAUGUCAAUAGCGAAGUUCGUCCGAUCGAAAAUCCCGAGCAACGUGUAUACUUCUCUAACCUCGGAGAGUCUCGACGAAUUCCUGGAUGGGUGGAGAACUGAUAAUAAGCCUCGUGCUGUGAUCGUUGGUCAAAGUGAUAAAGUGCGAUUGAGAUAUCUAGUGACUUGUUUGGCCAUGAACAAUUGGUUCAAGUUUGGAUACGUGCGUUCGGGUAGCGAGGAAGCGGAGCGGUUGUUGCAAAAGGCGGACUUCUUCGUGCGACCCAGGAUGGAUGCCGUGCUCGUCUUCAACGAGAAUUCAAAGCGGCCGAUUGCCUCGAUAAGCAUGCAGGAAAUCCCUGUGACUGCUCUGAAAGAAGUCUUGAACAAUCACAAGUUUCUGAUUCUACCCAGGCAAGCGGUAUUUGACGCCGUGUGCCCACCAGAAAAGUCUCGUUACCGAAAACGGCUGUGCGUCAUUUUAGUGACUUCUGAUUCCCCCGAACACGACAUUUACCGAGAUUCUCUCCGCUCCUUCGUGUCCUCGAGUUCAGCUCCAUCUUCCGAUCGGGUCCGAUUCUUGUACGUGUUCCCCGAACGCCAACCCGAAUUUAUGCAAGCUGUCACGAAAAUGGGAGACGACGCUCCGGUUGCGCCAGACUUGCACAUUGUGAUUCUGUGGCGACAGGACGAUCGGAAGGUGAAGUUUGAGUGGGUUGACGCGGUUUGGGAGCCUGGGAAUAACGAGAGCAAGGAGGCCCUGGAAAAGGCGACGAAGCGUUUGUUGCGGGAGGAUGAGAUGUUGAUGCACGAGGCUGUUAUGCAACAGCUGUUGGAUGAACAUGCUCGUGGAAUUUUCGAGAAGAUUGCCGAGAAGAUCCACAACAUUUGGGAAACCAUCGUCGAGAAUGCGUCGAAAGAGGACGUUUUGCCGGCAGUGUCGGUGCUUGGCACGAUCGUUUUCAUCCUCUUCGUGGGCUGGUUCAUGUCUUAUAUGGUGAAGCUGGAGGACGAGAAAAUUGCGAAGACCCAAUCAGCGGCUAAGCUCCGAACUGAGCCGCAAUUGAAAAUUCACGAACUUCGUGGAGAAACCUAUAAUGGACUCGUGAGGCUGUUGAAGCCCGGAUGUCGUACCAUCAUAUUGAUCUUGGACAACGAUUCGAAACGGACGUUGCUGCCCAAGUUCCACCGCGUCGUUUGGCCGUACAGGAAGAACAAAAGCUUGUUGUAUGCGUUUCUCCACGUUGAACGCGGCCUGGAAUGGUUCAAGCGAAUCCUGCUUCUAGCCAUACCUGAGCUGGAAGAGCGGAAUUUGCGCAUCAACCCCAAGAACGUUGUUGGCACCGUCCUGUCUCUGAACGGACAUCGCAAAUACUUCUGCAUGUACCAUGCGAAACACCGAGACCAGACUGGGAAUUCCAACAACGCCUUUGUUGGAUUCGACGAAGAAGAAGACGAUUCCGAGCGGGAGAUGGAUGUUGAGCGGGCGGGUGUUGGGGAAAACGAAAACCCGCUGCUGGACCAGUACGACAGUGACGUGUUGUUCUUGGAACACUUGCUCGACGGCUUGCCCAACUGGUUAGACAGACUUUUCGAAGGCUCCGCGCAGAGAUACCAUUUGAAUUAUUGGCCGGAUUAUAUCGGGAAGUGACCAUUUCUUCAUUUUUCCGAGAAACAUUUGUUUCGGUUGCUCAGAUUUUGUGUUCAUGUCUAGUCCUGGGAGUGGGUGACCCGAUUUCAAGGUUGAGGUUUUUUUUUUUCGCGUUGCGACGUUGAAUGAUUUUCCAUGUGCUGCACAGGCACUUUUCCCCGCCUCCCUAUCCAAGUGACUUCGUUCAUACGUGCUGAUUUUCGUAUUACGGUGUUUCGUAUUCGAAGAAGGAAUGGGUGUUUUUUGGGAAUCAUCGGAUUUAUAUUCAGUGUUGGGGCUGUUUGCUUCUCUUGUUCUUCGUUAGCUACUUUCUGCAAUCGAUUUGGCAUCACUGCGUGAAACAGGAAAAUGAAAAUCUUUCGAAUCGGGAAAUAAUCUGGUGCUAAGAAACGAUUGGGAAGUUGCUCAGAACCAAAGAAAAGACAAAAUCUAACUGAACUUUGGUUAGGUUAUGUUCAGUCAUCAUGGCGUCAAAAGCGUUUUACAGUAAAAUCUCGUUACAACGAGAUUCGUUAUACCGAGAUUUUACCGUAUCAUCUGAUGAUCGAUCAAUUCAUGCCCUCUGGAAAGGUUGAAUAACAAUUCUUAUUCUAUCCGGACUAUGUGUUGCAGUGAAACUAAAUCUAGGCGACAUCUGCCUGCGAAGAAUAUUUGUGUCGGGGAACAGACGAAGUAAAUAAGGGUAUUCUAUAGAUAUGCGAACAUUUGAAGGAAAAUACCGAGACUCUACUUUAGUGAUAUUUUCAAACCUCCUGUUAUUGAUUUUUUUAUGUUGCUUUCAGUUAUGCUUCUCGCAGUGAUGCUGAAAUAAUUGAUCGCUCAGAAAUAGCCCGAGAUGAAUAAGGAAAGACAGUGUUCAAAAUUAGAAUGAGAACCUAUUGUCGCUUUGAAUUUAUCACUCGGUUAUUCAACCGAAUCAGACUCUAGAUAUCCCGUCUGAAAAGAGUCCAUUUGUGAUGAAAUUGAACAGCUAUUGCUGGGCAUUCCAUUCGGAGGGCUGAAUCUAAAAACUUUCAAACAGUCUCCGAAUGACCGAGCUUCAGAUUAAAGCUGGGAAAGAAAUUUGUGUUUUGUUGAUGAAUUAAGUCUAUAAUCGUAAAUUGGGCAUUUGGUUUCUACGCUCCGAUAUUAAACGCUGGAAGCUGACGAAAUCGCGAUCGUCGUCGAAAAGAAGGCCUGAAGCUAUUGAUGCGAUCUCGCGUAAUAGGACGUGAUUGAUGAGCUUGAAAAGAAACGUGAUUCGUUCAACCAUCUCGACGGUUGUCUUGAGUCUCCUAUUAUAGAAUGAUCAUCGUCAUUUCAAUAAAUCUAUGACGAUGCGAUCGUCGGGAUUUUUCAAUUCAAAGCUUUUCAAAAUGGUUCAUGGGUCCGCGUACCAUUUCGUCUAUCAGAAGUUUCCCUUUUGCAUAAGAUUGAAAGACGAAUUCACCGCGUGAAUUUUCAUGGAUUAAAUUUUCUCGGAAUUAUGGCCUUACGCGCGUGAUCGUUUUUUAUGGACCUUUCUUCAUCAUGUUUAAAUUUCAACCGCUUUCAGCAGACUUCAGCCCGUCAACCUAGCGUUCUUUUUCUAUAUGGAUAUGAAUGUACUGUACGUGGAGACCCAAAUAAUGUAAAAACUGAUCCUAUUUGCGUGAUAAUGCUAUGUGGUAUCUUGUUACAUCCGGGAACCCGUUUGACGUGUUUCAUCAGAACUGAAACUCGUCUCCGUCGUGAAUGACUCGAUAUGAAUGUUGAUGUCGCGGAAAUCGCGAUGAUCUAGAACGCUUCGCGGAAACGGAAAUAUGAUUUUCACCGGAAACAUGAUUUUACUCGUGGAAAUAAGCGUUGAGAAAGUGUCUUGCAGCAUGCCGGAAGAAAAUGAUCAAGGCGUCCUUGGUGUGUAGAGGAAGGAAUCUUUAAUUGAAAAUAAAUUUUUCGCCCCCUACUGCUAUUCGUCCAGGACAAAUACUGUAAAAGUGAGGAAUCUUCGGUAGGAAAAGGCAUUUUCGGAAUCGUAAACUUCAACGAAGAAAAGCAUGUGUUCUCUUUAUGUUUCGGAAAUAAUUGAGGAUGAGAACGGGUCUAUUCUUAUGGAAUGAAAAAAAUCUGUGUAUAACUUGAUCCACUUCACCCCUCACGCACUCCACUUGGGUGUUUCAAUUUGCAUGAAGCAAACAAAUUAUUUUAAAUCACCUUCGCAAUCGAAGAUUCUGCCCAAGUAAAAAAUUAAAGCCUCAUCGCAUUUGUCGAAACACUCGUUAUUCAGACGUGAAAAACAUGCCUUUGAGCUUGAGCGUCCAUUUAUCCUCUUACGCGUUGAAGUUUCCAAGCGUUUUAAACUUUUUUUUUUCAAUCCCCUUGAUGAGAAGUUUUGAACAGUGUUUUACGGUAAACCCACACGUUAAUGUCCGAUCUCGUGGUGUUGCGUCCAUGAGUCCAUUUUGCGCCAGUUUCAUGACAUCGCUCUUGUCAAUAAUUGCCUGGUUAAAAUAAAAAAAAACUGGUGCCGCAAGUGUCAGUGAAAUGUUUUUAAAUGAAGAAAAUUUGACUUGUUUGUCCUCCCGGUGUCAAGGCAGUAUUUUCCAAGUGCA